AUGGAGACUCUCCGGCGAUUCUCCUUUGUAGUCUCCAUCGCUCUUCUUGCUUACUUCGCUUUUCUCGCUUCCGCUGAGCAUCACGUCCGUGAAUUCGUGAUCCAGCCGAGACCAGUGAAGAGGCUGUGCAGAACUCACCAAACUAUUACCGUGAACGGUCAGUUCCCUGGUCCAACGCUUGAGGUCAGGAAUGGUGACUCCCUCGCAAUCACCGUCAUCAACAGAGCUCGUUACAACAUUACCAUCCACUGGCACGGAAUCAGACAGCUGCGGAAUCCGUGGGCUGAUGGUCCAGAGUACAUAACACAAUGUCCGAUCCGUCCAGGACAAAGCUACACUUACAGAUUCAAAAUCGAGGACCAGGAAGGUACACUUUGGUGGCACGCUCAUAGUCGCUGGCUCAGAGCCACCGUCUAUGGUGCUCUCGUCAUCUACCCUCGUCUCGGUUCUCCUUAUCCCUUCUCUAUGCCCAAACGGGACAUCCCAAUUCUUCUCGGGGAAUGGUGGGAUAGAAACCCAAUGGACGUUUUAAGGCAAGCACAAUUCACAGGAGCAGCAGCUAAUGUCUCUGACGCUUACACAAUCAAUGGCCAACCAGGAGAUCUCUACCGCUGCUCGAGGGCCGAGACUGUCCGUUUCCCAAUUUUCCCGGGUGAAACCGUUCAGCUCCGUGUCAUCAACGCCGCUAUGAACCAAGAGCUCUUCUUCUCGGUGGCCAACCACCAGCUCACAGUCGUCGAAACCGAUUCUGCCUACACGAAACCAUUUACCACAAGUGUCAUCAUGGUUGGUCCGGGCCAAACCACUAACGUCCUCCUCACCGCAAACCAGCGUCCUGGGCGCUACUACAUGGCAGCUCGGGCUUACAACAGCGCAAAUGCCCCUUUCGACAACACAACCACAACCGCUAUCUUUGAGUACGUCAAUGCUCGGACUCGACGUGGUCGCGGCCGUGGCCAGAUCGCUCCUAUUUUCCCAGUUCUUCCCGGGUUCAAUGACACCGCGACUGCAACCGCUUACGUCAACCGUCUACGGUACUGGAAACAAGCUCCAGUACCACUCCAGAUCGACGAAAACCUGUUUUUCACCGUUGGUUUGGGGCUCAUAAACUGCUCCAACCCGAACAGCCCGCGUUGCCAGGGUCCUAAUGGGACCCGGUUUGCGGCCAGCAUCAACAACCAAUCCUUCGUGCUACCACGAAGCAACUCGGUCAUGCAAGCUUAUUACCAAGGCAUGCCCGGAAUCAUCACGACGGAUUUCCCGCCUGUUCCACCUGUGCAAUUCGACUACACCGGUAACGUUAGCCGUGGGCUAUGGCAGCCCGUGAAAGGAACGAAAGCUUACAAACUCAAGUACAACGCUAAUGUUCAGAUUGUGUUACAAGACACAAGCAUUGUCACGCCUGAGAAUCAUCCUAUGCAUCUACAUGGGUACCAAUUCUACGUUGUCGGUUCCGGUUUUGGGAAUUUCAACCCGAGAACUGACCCGGCUAGGUUUAACUUAUAUGACCCACCGGAGAAGAACACCAUUGGUACACCUCCAGGUGGUUGGGUUGCAAUCCGGUUCGUCGCUGAUAAUCCAGGAGCAUGGUUUAUGCAUUGUCACAUUGAUUCGCAUUUGGGAUGGGGUUUAGCGAUGGUUUUCUUGGUUGAGAACGGACGAGGACUGUUGCAAUCGGUGCAAGCUCCACCGUUGGAUCUUCCAAGAUGCUGA